AUGACGACACUACUAGACGCCCUCCGUCAGACCACUCAGGUUGACUGCGAUACCCUUGACGCCAAUGUCGCUCAUCAAUUGGGUCCCUUUGUGGACUGUACUUCCAACCAGGCAAUUGCAUUCUCCGAGAUCUCCAGGCCGCUCGCAGGAGAGCCUCUUCUACAUCACGAUGCUUUGGUCAAAGACGCCAUCGAGAAAGCUCGAGGGACCUUGAAAGAGUUUCAAGGAUCCGCGACGUUUGAGGAGUUCGUUGUUCAGAUCUUGAUGGUCAAAUUGCAACUGUUAAUCGUCCCAAAUGUGACGGGUUACGUGCAUAUUCAGACCAACCCAAAGCUGUCUUAUUCGACUGAUGGCACAAUAAGCGAUGCUCACAGAAUCGUCAACAUCUUCAAGGCGCUGGCACCCGAAUUUGACACAAAGAGGGUGUGCAUUAAGAUUCCCGCCACCUGGGAAGGCCUUCAAGCGUGUCGUGCACUCGAAGUUGAAGGAAUCACUACACUUGCUACUACCAUGUUUUGCAUGGAACAAGCUACUUUAGCUGCAGAUGCACAGUGCACUUAUAUUGCACCCUAUGUUAACGAGCUCAAGGUUCAUUUUGAAGCAGGAUACGUUGAUGAGCACAAAGCCUUUGACUUUUGUCGUGAAGCGCAGGCCUACUACAUCAACCAUUCGUUCCGCACGCAAGUACUAGCUGCGUCGCUCACGUCGGUCGAUGAAGUUAUGCAGCUUGCAGGAAUCCAACAUAUUACAAUCUCCCCAAAUCUGCUCAACGGACUUGCUUCCACCAAGCUGUCGGAAUGGGAUGGAAAACUCGGGGAUUACUUUGCGCAAGAUCCCGCAAACAAGAGCUGGGAGACAAGAGACUACAAUGCUCUGGCCAAAAUUGAAAGCGCGUGGAGAAUGGCUUUCACCAGAAGUGGCUUUGGCACAAGUGAAGGUAAGAUCAUCCAGGCUAUCAAUUACUUUGCCGAUUGCCAGGAGAAACUGGAGGAUUUGGUGCGACAGUAUGCGAAAUGA